AGCGAAAAAAAACAACACAAUUGUCACAACAUUCGGCUGCACAGGAUCCGUCUUUCAGCUCGAGCUCCAAGUUUUCUCGAUCGUCCCCAUCCGAAAAUCUAUCCGUUUGCCCGAGCAUGGCUAGCCGCGAAGCCGUACGCCGGACGGUCCAAUCCGUGCGACCCAUCCUGUCCGUGGAUCGCGAGGAGGCGCGCAAACGCGUCCUCAACCUCUACAAGGCAUGGUAUCGCCAGAUUCCGUACAUUGUGAUGGACUACGACAUCCCGAAGUCGGUUGAGCAGUGCCGGGAAAAGCUGCGCGAAGAGUUCCUCAAGCACAGGAACGUCACCGACAUUCGCGUGAUCGACAUGCUCGUCAUCAAGGGCCAGAUGGAGCUGAAGGAGUCGGUCGAGAUCUGGAAGCAGAAGGGACACAUUAUGCGCUACUGGAAGGAGAGCCAGGAACCGAAACCGACCGACUUUCUGUACAAAUUCUUGUCCGGUCAAAACUGAGCUGCUUGCGUGGGUUUGCGAUAAUAGCCCGCAAGCGGGAUAAUAGUGGAUAGGCAGGCGCGUCAGCAUACAGCUGAUGAAUGUUGGGUGUAAAUAAAGGAACUGAAAACAAAACCCUAUUCACCCGUCGUAGUGCAAGAAUGUAACGAAACAAAAUGUAAUCGAACAGCGGAGUUUUGUAGCACCUUCUGUUAUGUUGCUCAGAUCAUCAGCGAGCUAGCAAAGGGACAGUCUUGGAGUUUUGAGAAAAAGCUUAGCAAAAUUGCGGAUUGAAUGUUAAGCAAAGUAAAACAAGAAAUAUAACGUUAUCAAAUCUAUUUGAUGCAAAACAA